AGGAGUAGUCGUGGCCGAGUGGUUAAGGCGAUGGACUAGAAAUCCAUUGGGGUCUCCCCGCGCAGGUUCGAAUCCUGCCGACUACGCAAUUGCAUUUUUUUUAAAAUAGGCGGCGCUUUAGAUACCGUCAUUAGACAUGGGUUAUUGAAUCACACAAUAUUAAAAGGAGAAGAGAGAGAGAGAAAAAAGAACAUACAAAGCCAAUCACGAGGGAACCGGGUUCGAGGCCGGGAGUCUCCAGAUCGUAAGGAGGGUCAGGGAGGCGAGGCUUGGCAAAGGGGAACAAGGCGGAAGAAGAGGAUUGCGUGAGCGCUCUGCCCGAUCCGGCCUGUCUGCAAAGGGAGCCUUUCCUCUCCCCAUUCCCCCCAUUGCUUUGGAAGGGGCCUCGUCAUGCAGCCGGCCGUCUUGAUCACCACCCGAUCUCUUCAAAAUGCCCACACAGGAAUAGAUCUGUCCGUCCCAGAGUACCAGGAAAUCCGUGGAAAGAUGCUCUCUGGCCACGUGGAAUAUACUAUUGUUGUUGUUACUCAGGUGGCGGCUUUCAAAUCAGCAAAGCACAAGACGGAAGAUAUCAUCCAGUUUAUGGUUUCUAAAAAAUACAGUGAGAUAGAAGAGUUUUAUCAAAAGCUGGUCACACGUUAUCCCCAGGCCUGUCUGCCACCUCUGCCAAGGAAAGUGCUGUUUGUUGGAGAAUCUGAUAUCCGAGAACGAAGAGUUGCCUUCAAUGAGAUCAUGAGAUCCAUUGCAAAGGAUGCAGGUCUUGCCACAAGCCCGGAAUUACUGGAAUUCCUAGGAACCAGAUCUUCUAGCACCACUGAUGUAAAGGGGAAAAACCUGCCCGAUAAGGAAGAGGAGGAUGAAGAAAACGAAGCCUUUGAUUUCUUCAAAGAAGAAAGGACAGCUGAUGUAAUUCCCCAGUUCCCUUCACCCAAAAAGCCAGAUGUGAAAGUGGAAAAAGAAAAGGAGGAGGAGGAGGAGGAAGAAGAACAAGAAGACAUUGAUCCACUUGGUGUUCUCAAAUCUAAAAAGACCAAGAAGCCCAAGUCUUCUCCAGCCAAAAAAGACAAGCCAGCAUUAACCAUUUUUGAUGAAGAAGUGAAUCCAGAUGAAGGACUGUUUGGCUCUGCGAAAAAUUUUCCAUUCAGUAGCAACAAGAGGAUUUUGGCAGCCAAUGAAAAUCUGAAAUUAUUUGAAGAUCCAGAUCUUGGUGGAGUGGUAGCUCUUGGUGACUCAUUGUUAUUGCCGACUGCCUGUGCAAGCGAACAACAUGCAUUAAGUGCUAGCCUUGAAGAGGACACUGAGCAACUACUGAGAGUGGAAGAUGAUUUUGAGAAAAUGUGGAAGCCCAAGCCGAAGCCCAAGGUGCCACCUAAGCCAGUAGUACCUAAGAAGCCUUCAACAGCAGCUCCUAAAGUCCCCGAAACACCAGCCUUGAAAUCCAAGCCAACGGAAGUGAAGAUUCAAGCCAUGGGCGGAGUGGACAUUCUCAAGUACAUUCAGGAAAAUGAAUCCAUCAGCAGUGAAGAACCAAGUCUGUUCUGAAAAACAAAUGGAUGAGGAUCUUUCUCAGGAAGAUGUCCCAACACCAGCCUUCUACAUGAAGUUGGACAAAGAUAUUUUUUUACCAGGGAUCUUGGUUGCCUCUUCACAUACUGCCUCAUUUAGACAAAGAAAAAAUAAUAAUAUUGGUUUAGACUGCCACAAGGAGGAGAUAAUGAAUUGCAUGUGUUUUUACUACUAAGCAAUUAUGGUCUAAUCAAUGAUGCCUUAUUUUUAAGAUAGUUUGAUGAGUGGGGCUAGAAUCAUGUUGAAAACCUAGUUCCUUGUACUGCAGCUGUUCAUCAUGUUAUUGAAAUGCUUUCGCAGAGCAUAGCUUGGGCCAAACUGAUCUUUUUGAUGAAAGAGAAGAAGGGCUAAGGAGUAAUGGCUACAGACCAAACAGUGUGGGUGGUGAAGUAAUAUUAAAUAAUGUUAUGGGUUCUUGAUUACUUUUGUAAACUGGAAAUAAUUCGAUUUCUUUGUCUUAUCUCUCCUGGGAAGAUCUUGCUGGAAACUGUGUCACACUACCAGAAGGGAGAAUGAGGCAAUCACAUCUAACAGAUGCCUGAAGAUUAGCAUAGUAGUCAUCAAGGCAUUCAUACCCAUCCCCUUGGCGUUUUCCCUCAGUUGGGGUCUUCCUACCCUGGUCUUAGCAUUUACAGCUGCAUUUGUCCUCCUCCAACAACAUAUCUGUUAUCUAGGUCCUCCAGUAAGACUGUAUGGCAGUGAUUCUCAACUUGUGGGUCCCCAGAUGUUUUGGCCUUCAACUCCCAGAAAUCUUAACAGCUGGUAAACUGGGUGGGGUUUCUUGGAGUUGUAGGCCUAAACACGUGGGGACCCACAGGUUGAGAACCUCUGCUAUAUGGUAUUUUUGAGCCUGAGAUUCUUCAUUUCAGUAGAAUUUGCUAAUAUCUAUGGAUUCAUAUAUCCAUUCAAAGUCAAGGAACAUAUCCCUCACAAGUAUGAGGGUUGUGCCAUAUUAAGUUAGACAUACUGUUUUUUUCUGGACAGCUAAAAUUACCAUACUUUUUAAAUGAACCUACCCAUACCUUUCCCAUUACUUCCAACUCAGAUGAUUGAGUUCCACAACAUAAAUUUAAGCCAUACGAAAUAUUUUUAAACCAUACAGCUAUAUUGAUUGCCUUUUAAAUAUAGACUGAAUUGAAAAGGGAAGAAAAGUAUUUGAAGCACUUUAAUAUACGUAUAUAUAGUAUAUGAUGCCUGUAACACUAUUUGAAUAAAGUGAAAUUAUUAACUA